UGGAGCACGCAGCGCGGCGAUCGGCGGUGUGCUGUGUCCCUCAGACACAGCGGAUCACCAAUCCAUGGAAAGAGCCGAAUAUAUCGAUAAUAUGUCCAAUCACAGCUGAUCACAUAGCACUGAUGAUCAGUGUAGCCCCAGCAGCGCCACCUGUCAGUGUCCAUCAGUGCCAGCUCUCAGUGCUCAUCCAUGCCACCUGCCAGUGCCACAUUUCAGUGCCACAUCAAUGCCACAUAUCAGUGCCUAUCUGAGCUGCUUUUCAGUGUCACCCAUCAGUGCCAGUCAGUGCAGCCUAUUAGUGACAGUCAGUGAUGCCUAUCAGUGUGAAUCAGUGCCGCCUAUCAGUGCCUGUGAGUGCUGCCUAUCAGUGCCGCCUAACAGUGCCAGUCAGUGCCACCUAACAGUACCAGUCAGUGCCACCUAUCAGUGCCAGUCAGUGUCGCCUAUCAGUGCCACCUAUCAG